AUGAGCAUGAGAGAUGUUGCUGCAAAGUUUCAUGUCAACUCCUUUAGCUCGAUUUCCGAAUGGGUGAAUAAGCUUGAUGAGUUGAAGAAAUCAGUAAAAUCUGAUAAAAAAUUAAAAUUAGAAAGCUUCACUCAAUUUCCAGAGCUAGAGAAAGAACUAGUUCAUUGGUUUACUGCAAUCCGUGAGCAAGGUAUUCAGGUUCUCAGAUCAACGAUUGAGGAGAAAGCAAAAAGUUUGGCGGCAGAAAUGGGAUUGGCGCGAUUCGGCUGUGGAGGUAAUGGUGGCAAGGAUUUAGGACCAGAAAUAAUUAUAUCUUUCAGAAAAAUCAAUGCCUCAAGCAUUAAGCCAAUCGAAAAAGAGGCAGAACUUGUCAGGCAAUACCUAGAUGAUUUAGCGUCAUUGCUUCCUCAAUUCGUUCCAUCUAACAUUUACAAUUUCGAUGAAACGAGAUUUGAUUGAGAUGUAAAAAGCAAGUUCACUUAUGAUUUCAAGGGAACUCAACGAAUUCUAGGCGUUCAAUCAGCUAAAAUGAACCAUUUUAUCACUGUUAUGCUUAUGAUUAGAGCUGAUGGAGAAAAAAUGCCUGCUUUGCUCAUUUUUCAAGAGAAAAAUGGCCAGAUCCCGAACCUUGUAAGAGAAAGACUGAAUAUUCCAGAAAAUGUCAUCAUAAAAUCAAAUAAAUCUGGCUACAUUUCUGACCAGAUUCUUAAUGACUACCUCAGAACAAUAUUGAGACGAGAAAACCAACUGCUGAUUUAUGAUCAGGCUGGAAGUCAUAAAACUAUCAUGAUUUCUAAUGCAAUUUCAGAUUUAGAUGCAACCAAAAUUGUGAUCCCUGGAGGGUGCACAAAGUAUUUGCAACCACUUGACGCACUGGUAAUUGCAAAUUUCAAAUCAAAAACAACAGAUUUCAGAAUCAAAUUCCAAAACAGAGCAGAUUGAAAGAAGAUCGAAAAGAACUGGAAACCUCAAAGCUCUUGAUCGCCAGCAACUGAUAAACAUUGCUUCAAAGGCGUGAGAUGCUGUAAGCCCUCAACUUGUCAGAAAAUCAUUUGAGUUGACGGGUUCUUAUGGCGUUAA